AUGACCAGCUGCCGCCGCCGCCGCCGCUCGCUGACCCCGGCAGCGCUCGACGACGACGACCUGCUCUUGGAGAUCCUCCUACGCCUCCCGCCGCAGCCCUCCUCCCUGCCCCGUGCCUCGCUCGUCUGCAAGCGCUGGCGCAGCCUCGCCUCCGACCCCGGCUUCCUCCGUUGCUUCCGGAUCCACCACCGCCGCAGCCCUCCCCUCCUCGGUUGCUUCGUGGAGGGAGUCCACGGCGUCUCCUUCCUACCUACAAUGGAGGCCCCCAAUCGUGUCCCUCCCAGGCGCCUCUCUUUCCAGCCCGCCAACGAAGACCACUUCAGGCUACUCAACUGCCGCCAUGGCCUCGUUCUCAUCUACAACCGGACACGGCGCAGGCUCCUUGUGUGGGACCCCAUCACCGGCGACCAGCACCACGUAGCCAUCCCCGUGGUGUUCCAUAACUUCCUUUUGAAGACGACCGAGGUCAGCGGGGCGGUGCUUCGUGCUGGGAAAGACGUCCAACACUUCAAGGUGGUUUGUGUGGCAACAUGCUACGACGACGUACAAGCAGCUCUAGCCUACGUUUACUACUCAGAGACCAGCUCAUGGGGUGAGCUCAUCUCAACACCGAUUCCACGGUUGACCAUAUUUGACACCAGAAUUUCUUGGGAUCAGCCUGCUGUGCUGGUUGGGGAUGCCCUUUACUGGUUGCUUACCGGGGGUUCAGAGGGAAUUCUUGAAUUUGAUUUUGAGAAAAACAGCUUAGCUGUGAUACAGUAUCCUGUGGAUGUGUAUCGGGAUCAGUUGACAGUUAUAAGGACAUAUAGUGGCGCCCUGGGUUUCCUCCACGUAUCGAACUUCACCGCGCGGUUAUGGGAGAGGAAGCCCGAUUACGAUGGUGUUCCUUCAUGGGAGCUUGGAAGAACCAUUGAACUGGACAAACUACUUUCCCUGCAUCCAAUGAAAUUGUACCCAAUAAUACGAGGCUUUGCCGAGGACAACAAUGUGGUGUUCCUGGGGACGGCAAUGGGCGACAUCUUUUCGGUCCAGCUUCAGUCAUUACAGUUCAAUAAUCUACCCCAAACCGAUGUCAGAUCAUACGUCCAUCCAUUUGAAAGUGUUUAUACCGGAGGUAAUAGCAUGCCUUACAGUGGGUAUAUUUAA